CCCAGCGUUUUCCGGUAAGCUAAACUGCGGGCGAGGCCUUGCUGCUUGAGGGAAGAAGCACAGGCGGAAGUUGAAGCUAACCGGAGAAGAGAAGAGAAGGGGUGGGUGGGUGUGUGGAGACGAUGUCGUCGCAACCGCAAAUCCCCGAUACGAGUACUGAAGUGGGUUGGUAUGUCCUUGGAUCGGACCAACAAUUUCUUGGCCCUUACACUAUCUCUGAGUUGCAAGAGCACUAUUCCAAUGGAUACCUAGCCGAGAAUACACUUGUGUGGUCUCAAGGGUGCAGCGAUUGGCAGCCACUGUCAUCUGUUCCGGGUUUGUUGACAGAUGCCCUUCCCAAAAAUCCUUCGACCUCAGAUUCUGUUCCUGUCAUCUCCAAUAAUGAGGAUGACUUUGAGAAGUGGCAAAGGGAGGUGAGGGAAGCGGAGGCAGAGGCCGAAGUGAAUGAUGAUCCCGAGAGGCCAGCAACACCACCUGAGGGCGAGGAGGAAUUCACCGACGAUGAUGGGACUACAUAUAAAUGGGAUCGGAUACUUAGGGCUUGGGUGCCUCAGGAAGAUGAGACUCAAAAAGAUGAGAAUUAUAAGGUGGAAGAUAUGGUUUUUAUGGAAGAAGAGGAAGUCUUCCCGACUCUAGAUCCUGGCGAUAUAUCAGUGGACAAAGAAAUUAAUGAUGUUAGCGAAGAUGUUGAUGAAAAACAGAAUGGAAAGAGAAAGCGCUCAGAGAAGACUGAUGAUAAUAAAACUGUGGAGAAGAAGGAAGCCAACAAGCCCCCUGAUACGUGGUUUGAAUUGAAAGUGAACACACAUGUGUAUGUUACUGGCUUGCCGGAAGAUGUUACUACUGAGGAGGUGGUUGAGGUAUUCUCCAAGUGUGGGAUCAUAAAGGAGGACCCAGAAUCAAAGAAGCCUCGAGUGAAGAUUUAUGUUAAUAAAGAAACAGGAAGGACAAAGGGUGAUGCUUUGGUCACUUAUCUAAAGGAACCUUCUGUGCCUUUAGCGAUCCAAAUAUUGGAUGGAACACCUUUUAGGCCAGAUUGCAAGGUCCCUAUGACAGUUUCAAAAGCUAAGUUUGAGCAGAAAGGUGAUAAGUUUAUAUCCAAGCAAGUGGACAAACAUAAAAAAAAGAAGCUUCAGAAGGUAGAGCAGAAGAUGCUGGGCUGGGGCGGCCGUGAUGAUGCGAAGGUGUCUAUACCAGCAACUGUUGUUCUUCGUUACAUGUUCACUCCUGCAGAACUCAGGGCUGACGAGAAUUUGCGUCCGGAAUUAGAAGAAGAUGUACGUGAUGAGUGUGGAAAGCUUGGUCCUCUAGAUUUGGUCAAGGUCUGUGAGAAUCAUCCGCAGGGUGUUAUCUUGGUGAAGUAUAAAGAUAAAAAGGAUGCCCAUAAAUGCAUAGAGCUGAUGAAUGGUCGAUGGUUUGGGGGAAGGCAGAUACAUGCAAGCUUGGAUGAUGGAUCCGUUAAUCAUGCUUUGAUACGAGAUUUGGAUGCUGAGACGGACAGAUUAGAGCAGUUUGGAGCUGAGCUUGAAGCUGAUUGAAACUACACAACCGUGGUGGGUAGAGGGUCUAUGCAGCAGCAGUAGCAUCUGGAUCUGGGUGGAGGCUGGAGCUGUGCUGCUGCCCAUACAUGAUAGAUGAAGAAGAGCAGCAGCAGCAAGCUGGCUGGCUGGCUGGGGGAAUGAAUGGGCCUUAAGAGUAUAGAAUGCUUUCUUUGAUGAUGAUUGGUUGCAUUGUAUGCAUAGAUAGAUAGAUAGAUAGAUGGAUAGAGUGAUAGAUCCUCGUUUAUUUACAGAGUUCUUGCAUGGUUAGUGUGUCUAUACAUACGAUUGGCAGGGGACAUGAAUUUUUGAUUUGGCGGACCGGCUUGCAUUUUGUGCUAGAGAACCUCAAGAAUACAACCGAUACAUUGAUGAUGGUA